CACAGGACUUCGAAAAGAUGAGAUCUUUUUCAUGACGCCUGGUUGACCAUCACAAGAAGACUUCAAGAAGUAUUGUCUCAAGCAUUGUUCUACAGCCGCCGAACGUGUGUUACCCGUACGAGGAUUCAUAGGGCUGUCCGGGGCUUGUACGUGGAGGUGCACCACUAUGCAUCUCGUCCCAAAAGAGAUCGACAAGAUCACCAUCUCGCACCUGGGCUUCCUUGCCCAGCGGCGACUGGCCCGCGGCGUCCGGCUGAACCAUACCGAGGCCUGUGCGCUCAUCGCCUCCAACCUUCACGAGCUCAUCCGCGACGGCAACCACACCGUCGCCGACCUCAUGUCGCUGGGUGCCACCAUGCUCGGCCGCCGCCACGUGCUGCCUGAGGUCUGCUCGACGCUGCACGAGAUUCAGGUCGAGGGCACCUUCCCCGCGGGGACCUUCCUCGUCACGGUGCAGAACCCCAUCGCCACCGACGACGGCGACCUCGCCCGCGCCCUGUACGGCAGCUUCCUGCCCGUGCCGGACAACACCGACGAGCUGUUCCCGCCCUGGCCCGCCGAGGCCUACGCGCACGACAAGAAGCCCGGCGCGGUGGUGGUGGCGUGUGGUGUCAAAAAGAACGGGGGGGAGGAGGUGGGGAUGAUCAGGCUGAAUGAGGGUAAGAAGAGGAUCAGGCUGAAGGUGACGAGUAAAGGGGACCGGCCGGUACAGGUGGGGAGUCACUACCAUUUCAUUGAGGUCAAUCCGCAGCUCGAGUUUGACCGGCUGCGGGCGUAUGGCUAUCGGUUGGAUGUGCCUUCGGGCAGCUCGAUCCGGUUCGAGCCCGGCGACACCAAGACGGUGACGCUGGUCGAGAUUGGCGGGUCCAAGGUGAUUCGCGGUGGGAACGGCAUUGCGUCGGGCAAGGUGGAUCUGGGAAGGCUGGAGGAGAUUCGAAAGCGACUGCAGGAGGCGGGGUUCGCGCACGCCCCGGAGCCGGCCGGCGAUAUGGCUUUCUUGACCGAGGGCGCCACGCUCGACAGGAACACGUAUGCGACCAUGUUUGGCCCGACGACGGGCGACUUGGUGAGGUUGGGCAUGACGGAUCUGUGGAUCAAGGUUGAGAAGGACUACACGGUGUAUGGGGAGGAGUGCAAGUUUGGAGGCGGCAAGUCGCUGCGCGAUGGCAUGGGCAGCGCGACGGGGCGGGCCAGUGCCGAGUCGCUUGAUCUGGUUGUGACGAACGCGCUUGUCGUCGACUGGACGGGCAUCUACAAGGCUGAUGUCGGCGUCAAGGACGGGUUUAUCGUGGGCAUCGGCAAGGCCGGCAACCCGGACGUCAUGGACGGCGUGACGCCUGGUAUGAUUGUGGGGAGCUGCACCGAUGUGAUUGCCGGCGAGGGCAAGAUCCUCACGGCCGGCGGCGUGGACACUCACAUUCACUUUAUCUGUCCUCAGCAGGUCGAGGAGUCCAUUUCGUCGGGCAUCACCACCAUGCUGGGCGGUGGUACCGGGCCAAGCGCCAACACGACGGCCACUACCUGCACCCCUGGUCCGCACUUCGUCCGUGAGAUGCUCCGGGCCUGCGACAAGCUGCCUAUCAACAUUGGCAUCACCGGCAAGGGCAACGACAGUCACCCAGUCGCCCUCCAUGAGAUGAUCAAGGCUGGCGCCUGCGGUAUGAAGCUGCACGAGGAUUGGGGCAGCACGCCGGCCGCCAUCGAUGCCUGCCUCUCUGUCUGUGACGAGCUCGACGUGCAAUGCAUGAUCCACACGGACACGCUCAACGAGGCGGGCUUCGUCGAGCAGACCAUCAACGCCAUCAACGGCCGCACUAUGCACGCCUACCACACCGAGGGCGCGGGCGGCGGCCACGCGCCGGACAUCAUCCGCAUAGUCGAGUACCCCAACAUCCUGCCGUCGUCGACGAACCCGACGCGGCCCUACACGCGCAACACGCUCGAGGAGCACCUCGACAUGCUCAUGGUCUGCCACCACCUGAGCAAGGACAUACCCGAGGACGUGGCCUUUGCCGAAAGCCGCAUCCGGUCCGAGACCAUCGCGGCCGAGGACGUGCUGCACGACCUGGGCGCCAUCAGCAUGAUGAGCAGCGACAGCCAGGCCAUGGGCCGGUGCGGCGAGGUGAUACUACGAACGUGGCACACGGCGCACAAGAACAAAGUGCAACGCGGAGCCCUGCCCGAGGACGAGGGCACGGGCGCCGACAACUUCCGCGUCAAGCGCUACGUGUCUAAGUACACCAUCAACCCGGCCAUUGCCCAGGGCAUGUCGCACGUCGUGGGCAGCGUGGAGCCCGGCAAGCUGGCCGACCUGGUCCUGUGGGACCCGGCCUGGUUCGGCAGCAAGCCGACGUGCGUCGUCAAGAGUGGCAUGAUUGCCUACGCGCUGAUGGGCGACGCCAACGCCUCGAUCCCGUCAAUCCAGCCCAUGAUCUCUCGCCCCAUGUUCGCGACCUCGCUCCCCUCAACCAGCGUGGCGUUUGUCUCGCAGGCGAGCGUCGACAGCGGCGCCGUGGGCUCGUACGACCUACAGAAGCGCGUCGUGCCCGUGCGCGGCUGCCGCAGCGUCACCAAGGCCGACAUGAAGUUCAACGACGCCAUGCCGCGCAUGCGCGUCGACCCGGAGAGCUACGUCGUCGAGGCCGAUGGGGUCGUGUGCGAGGCCGAGCCCAUCGCUGAGUUGCCCAUGGCGCAGAGGUGCUAUGUUUACUGACUUGUGUGUGUGGCGUGCGUUUACCUACGGGACCUUAUGUAUGAUCCUUUGAUAAGUUGAUAUUGGAGAGGGAGGGAGGGGGGUUGGACGGGGCUGUCUUCGUGCCAAUGUAAUGGGAAACAGGCUUUUCUAGGUGCUCCAGUUAGGUUUUCAGGUUGGGUGCGAUCGCCUUGAGUCGGCAGUAGUGACGGAGCUCUUCCCACCUUGUGCAUUAUCUGAAGCGGGCAAGUAUCACUUGUCGUCUGAUUUGGGAUGUUGCGGGUUUUCUGUCGAAGUUAAGUGUGUGUUUACAAGCCAGUAUCGGGUUAAAGCGGCCUGUGAUACUUGCCAGGUACGCACCAGGUGUUCGUCCACUCACAUCUAGGUACCUAGUAGGCGGUGUUGCUUUGGCUAGCUCGUGUGCAACAGCACAUCUCGGGUACAGUGCUAUAUAAUGG